GAAUCCACCCGCGGAACCGGACCCACCGCGACUGCGCUGCCCGCCGCCCUUCCGGCUCCUCCUCCAUCACCUCAACGCGAGAACUCCGUGGGCGCCAUGGUGCAGCUGGGGAGCCGCCUCCUGAAGGGCUACCGGGGCGGACACGUCGUGAUCCGCUUCGCUCUGGGCGGCUGCGCCAAUCGCCCCUUUUACCGCAUCGUGGCGGCUCACAACAAGCGAGCCCGGGAUGGGAAGUACCUGGAGCAGGUCGGCUGCCUCGAUCCGCUGCCCAACGCCUACGGAGAGAAGGUGGUGGGGCUCAACCUGGAACGGCUCCGGUACUGGCUGGGCUGCGGAGCGCAGCUGUCCCGGCCUGCUGAAAAACUCUUGGGGCUGGCAGGGUUCCUGCCGCUCCAUCCCAUGACGGUAACCGGGGCCGAGAGGCUGCGGCAGAGGCAGCGAUCGGCGGUGAAGACGGCGACUCCCGAGCAGGGUUCUGCGCCCGGGACAGCCCCGUCCUCCCCUUAGAGCACCCGACUGCAUUAAAGUGACAUCUGCACCUCCACACUGUCCCUGUGCUGCUCUCUUCAGAUCCCCAGACGCUGCAGUCGCUGCCACAUUUGGUGCAGCAGCUACAAAAUGGGGUUUGCUGCUCCAGUGAAGCUCCAGAACCCUUCCAGGGGGUACAGACCUUUUCCUAAAGGCAGGGAGGGGUUUAGGACUGGCAGAAAAUAAUGCAUUUCUCCUACCUCCCUCCUCACUGUCUGUGCCAAGUGGUGGGUCUGUCUUGUGGCUGGAAAAAGUGACUUUUUUCAGGGAUCCUGAACUGGUGGCUGUGGAUCAGAAUACUUUGUGUAACAAAAUAAAAGCUUCCUUAGUGAACAAAAACCUUCCCAGCAGAAAA